AUGGCAGAUAAUCAGAUUACGCUCGACGUAUUCGGUUGCAAAUUUCGUACGUCCAAAUCAGUUCUCUCGGUCUCGCCUUAUUUCAGAAAUCUAUUCGAUCGCUGGGCAGACGGCGCGGACCAUCAGGCCGACGGCUCGUACUACGUCGACGCGGAUGCUAAUACAUUCGAGCAUCUACUCAGCUUCAUGCGCCUGCCCUCUAGGUUCCCGCUUUACUGGACGAGAGAAGACGGCUUCGACUAUGCUCUUUACAGCCGCGUUGAGGCAGACGCAGACUACUUCAUGUUGGAUGCGCUGCGGGACUGGAUCAAGCAGCGCAAAUACCUCGAGGUAGUAUCCGUGGUCGUACGUACUGGCAGUGCUGCGAAAGAGCAGAGACUAGAUGGCGAUGUAGUCAUUGAGAAAUAUGUUGUCAGAAGGGGUGGUUUUAUUCUCUGCCCGUUGGCGUUCCAUCAGGAUCCUGAAAGAGAGUGCUGGCGCAAUGACAAGUGCGAAAAAGCAAUGACAGCCAAUGGAUUACAAAUGAGCGGUGCUAGAGACGAUCUCCUCGUGGCCGUGACAAAGUUCCACUUCAACAACGAGAAUCUGGUCAACGACACAUAA